AUGGACGUUCAACUAUUUGUCUAUGAUCUGUCAAAGGGUCUGGCGCGAAUGUACUCUGCUGCCUUGACAGGCACUCAGAUGGACGCCAUAUACCAUACAUCCAUCGUACUUAACAACGUUGAAUAUUAUUUCGGUCAAGGUAUCCAAACUGCCGUUCCAGGCACCACGCAUCAUGGCCAGCCCAUGGAAAUCAUAUCAUUGGGAACCACUGAAUUACCCAAUGAUGUUGUUGAAGAGUACUUGGGCUCUUUGGCUAGCAUCUACACCCCUGAGUCUUAUGAUCUCUUUCUUCAUAAUUGCAACAACUUUACACAGGAUCUUUCGAUGUUCCUGGUUGGGAAAUCCAUUCCAGAGCACAUCCGUAAUUUACCUCAAACAUUCCUCGAAACGCCAUUUGGGCAGAUGAUGAAGCCACAAAUCGAGAUGGCCCUCAAAGGUGUUACCCAAGGGACUGGCCAAGUCGGAGUCCCUGGACCAAGUGCUCAACCGCCAACUGCGAGGGCCCCUCCUACAGCACCCCAGAACAUUGCUCAGCCAGCUCACCCUCAUCGCCAACUACGGCUUCCCAGCCUGCAGCGCGAGAUCUCGAACUUUGUCAUGUACAAGAAGGCCCCACCUCUGGAAAAGCUCAUCCAGAAACUGCCAACUGAAUUCCAAGAAGCAGAGGGCGUUCCAAAGAUUAUUGAGUUUGUCAAACUUCGUCACUCUGCGACACCAGUAGCCGAUAUCCGCGUCCCCGACUUGCAUUCAUUCGCAGCAACCUUGAAGCUCAAAUACUCAACACUUCCUAGCGAUACGCAUUUUGCAGUCGUUGAUUUGGUUCGUCUUUUACUGCUCGACCCACGUGUGAGCGGCUACUUUGCCGAAGAAGCUCAACACGCAACUAUCCUCACCAUGCUGGAGCCACUUUCCCAAGAUGAAACCGCCUCAUACCCAUACAACCUUCGUAUUGUGGCUCUACAACUAGCCUGCAAUCUCUUUAACACCCCUCUUUACCCAGAACAACUCAUCUCAUCUUCAUCCCCUCUACGCGAGACCUGUCUCCGUCUCGCAACCAACUCUCUCCUCGACUCACAGACCAGCCUCCGCGUCGUUGCAGCAUCCUUUGCAUAUAAUCUUGCAUCGUUCAAUCACAAUGCUCGCUUUAGCAACAAGUCCGAUCCUAUCUCCGAAGAAGAUCAGGUUGAGCUGACCGCAUCCUUGCUUGAAGCUGUCUCUCGCGAGGAGGAAAGCGUUGAAGCCUUGCAUGGACUUCUAUACGCACUUGGACUCAUUGUUUAUGAAGCGCCGAUGGAUGGGUCUGUGAUUGAUCUAUGUCGUGCUAUGGGCGUUGCAGAAACAAUUUCUGGAAAGAUGGAUAUUCAUGCUUUACAGAAAGAGCCUCUGCUGAAAGAGAUCGGGGGUGAGCUGUUUCAAAAGGGUCUGUAG